GAAUCGUUUCUACGUUUUCCAGUCGGCGGUGAAAGCUCAGUACCCGGCCUUCCCGGAAGUUGUUGCGCAGUCGUGUCCGGGGCAGAGUGAGGUGGAGGAAGAUUCCGGAUGGGUCGCAGCCGCAGCCGCUCCCCACGGAGGGAGCGCAGGCGGUCCCGGUCCACAUCCCGUGAGCGAGAACGCAGGCGCCGAGAAAGGUCCCGGUCCCGGGAGAGAGAUCGGCGAAGGAGCCGCUCUCGAUCCCCGCACAGAAGACGCUCCAGAUCCCCAAGACGACAUAGAUCCACAUCUCCUUCCCCUUCUCGAGUGAAAGAAAGAAGAGAUGAGGAAAAGAAAGAAACAAAAGAAACAAAGAGCAAAGAACGCCAGAUUACUGAGGAGGACUUAGAGGGCAAAACAGAGGAAGAAAUAGAAAUGAUGAAAUUAAUGGGAUUUGCCUCUUUUGACUCCACCAAAGGGAAAAAGGUGGAUGGCUCUGUAAAUGCCUAUGCCAUAAAUGUGUCUCAGAAGAGGAAGUACAGGCAGUACAUGAAUCGAAAAGGCGGAUUCAACAGACCUUUGGAUUUCAUUGCAUGAGAAUUGAAAUGUUAAAGAAUGAUUUUUUUUUCCCUUACCUUGUUCAGAAGAGUGGAUUUUGUAUUUCAUAUUUAAUAUGCAUUAAAAACAGGAUCACAGUC